AUGGUUGACUUGUCAACAUCUUCUAGAUUAAUAGGGCACAAAAUUUUCAUAAACAAGCACCUUCAGAACUAUAUAAAUAAGGGAGUCUCUUGCAUCAUUCUAUAUGCACAAAACAUUAUCAGAAUCAUGAACUCUCUAAGCUCUUCAAAGUUCCCAUUCCCAUUCCUGUUUCUCUUUCUGUUUUCAUUCUCAUGUGUAGCUUCAGCUGACCAUCAGGAGGAUUUUCUUCAAUGCCUUCAUUCUCAAAACUCAAACUCCAUUUCUAUGGUCAUUUUCACCCCAAUCAACUCCUCAUAUUCAUCUGUCUUGCAGUUUUCUUUGCGAAACGGCAGGUUCAACACAGGUGCCACCCCGAAACCACUAGUUAUUGUCAAACCUUUAAAUGUAGCCCACAUUCAAGCUGCCAUUGCUUGUUCCCAUAAACAUGGCCUGCAAAUUAGAGUUCGAAGUGGUGGCCAUGACUAUGAGGGCCUCUCUUAUGUUACAGUUGUACCCUUUGUGGUUAUUGAUCUGAUCAAUAUGCGAACAGUUACAGUAGAUGUAGGAAACAAAAUUGCAUGGGUUCAAGCUGGUGCUACACUAGGAGAAGUUUACUACAGAAUCGCUGAGAAAAGUAGAACUCUUGCCUUCCCAGGAGGUGUAUGCCCAACUGUGGGAUCUGGUGGGCACAUUAGUGGAGGAGGACAUGGGAUGAUGAUGCGUAAAUUUGGCCUUGCUGCAGACCACAUAAUUGAUGCCAAACUAAUCGAUGCUAAAGGUAGAAUCCUUGACCGAGCAUCGAUGGGAGAAGAUCUGUUUUGGGCCAUUCGAGGAGCUGGGGGCAACACCUUUGGAGUAGUUGUUGCAUGGAAACUAGAGUUGGUCACAGUUCCACCAACUGUGACAGUGUUCAAUGUAUCUAGAACUUUGGAACAAAAUGCAACAAAACUCGUUCAUCAGUGGCAGUCGGCAAUAGGAAAGUUUGACGAAGAUCUAUUUUCCAGAAUUUUCCUUUCGAGAGUUAACACUUCUCAGGAAGGAAAGACAACAAUACUCGCUGUAUACACUUCCUUGUUUCUUGGCGGAGUCGAUAGACUCCUGUCAAUGAUGCAACAGAGCUUUCCCCAGCUCGGUUUGGUUAAAGAAGACUGCAUCGAGAUGAGUUGGAUCGAGUCUACUGUCUACUUCGCGCAAUUUCCACGCAAUACAUCCUUGGAUGUUUUGCUUGAUAGGAGUCCAGGAUCCACAGGAUCUUUCAAGGCAAAAACAGACUAUGUGAAAGCGCCUAUACCUGAAAUCGCUUUGGAAGGAAUAUGGGAAAGGCUUAACCAACUGGAUGCCCAAGUAGCUGAAUUGCAAUUCACAGCCUAUGGGGGCAAAAUGGAUGAAAUUUCCGAGACCAGCACUCCAUUUCCACAUAGAGCUGGGAAUCUAUUCCAAAUUCAUUAUGCAGUCUUUUGGGGCGAUCAAGACAGUGAGAGAUCUCAAAUAUAUACAAGCUGGAUCAGAAAACUUUACAGCUAUAUGACUCCUUAUGUUACGAAAAAUCCACGACAAGCAUAUAUCAAUUACAGAGAUCUUGACCUGGGAAUGAACAGCCUAGGCAACACAAGUUACAAACAAGCAAGAAUUUGGGGUACCAAAUAUUUUAAGAACAACUUUGACCGGUUGGUGCAUGUGAAGACCAAAGUUGAUCCGGCUAAUUUCUUUAGAAAUGAACAAAGCAUCCCUCCUCUCACACCUUGGUGAUAGUAUAUCAGAAAUUGAAAGAUAAUAAAAGAUAUUGGUAACGAUGCUUUGGUAUGUUUACCAUAAUUUCUUUAGAAAUGAACAAAGCAUCCCUCUUCUUCAUGUCAGAUUAGACAUGAAUAGAAUUUCACUUUGUAUUGAGUUACGUCGUUAGUAAUUAAUAAAUAAAGGCUCUCUCUUUACUAUCUA